AUGACUGGCGGCUCGUUCUUGCCCCUCCCAGCGGACGAGUACGAUAUCAACUCGUACGAUGCCGAGCUUGGUGCGCACUCUGUCCAAUGGGUCGGGACACCUGGCGUCAAGGGCCCGGCGUGGGCGCGGUUGCCGCUCCUCACUGUCGGCGUGCUCGGGACGCAGGUCGUGUGGUCCAUUGAGAUGGGCUAUGCCUCACCAUUCCUUCUCGAACUAGGCCUGAGCAAAUCGUGGAUGUCACUCGUCUUCGUCGCAGGGCCCCUCUCGGGCCUCAUCGUCCAGCCUCUGAUUGGGGCGUAUGCCGACCGUUCGCGAUCUCGCUUCGGCCGACGCCGCCCCUUCAUGCUCGUGGGCACGGGCGUUGCCUGUGUGGCUAUGAUGCUCCUGGCAUGGAGCAAGGAGGUCGCCGGUUUCUUUGGGUUCGGAAACGGCGGUGCGAUCGCUUGCGCCGUCUUCUCCAUCUACCUCAUCGACUUCAGCAUCAACGCCGUGAUGAGCACGGACCGUGCUCUGAUCGUCGAUACGCUGCCUCCACAACAGCAGGAGGCAGGAAACGCGUGGGCCGGGCGCAUGGCUGGCGUUGGCGGCGUCGCGGGCUUCUUCGUCGGAAACGUCGACCUCACAACGAUCCUGCGCUGGCUUGGACAUACACAGCUCCAGAUCCUCAGCUUCCUCACAUCUACCAUCCUCGCGCUCGCUCAUACCUCCACCUCGUGGGCAGUCACCGAGCGGGUCCUCCUCCGCGAUGAUCGCGAGCAGUCGCGGUCUGGCCUCAUGUCGUCCAUCCGCGCCAUUUGGCAGAACAUCUUCACCCUCCCGCCCGGCAUCCGCACCGUGUGCUUUAUCCAGUUCUUCGCCAACCUCGGCUGGUAUCCCGUGCUGUUCUGGACGUCCAUCUGGGUGUCGGACAUCUACAAGCAGCGCACGCCACAGGGCAACCUGUCUGCCGAAGUAUGGCAGGCAGACGCGGUGCGCGCUGGCUCGCGAGCCCUCUUCCUCCAGGCCGUGGUCACCCUCGUCGUGUCCGUCGGCGCGCCUUUCGUCGUUGCUGAGUCUGGCAUCCGCUCCGAGAACCCGUACGCCGCGUUGGCGCGUGGCGACGACGACAGAGCUGGUACGCCCAACUCGGCUCAGUGGAAGAGGCAAGACGAGGAACGCGCACGCCUGCCCUUUUUGGAGCGGGCUGGGGCGUCGCUCGCGGCUGUGAUCAAGGCCGUGCGUUCCGGCUCGGCGUGGGCACUCCCAAUCCAGGGCCUGACUCUCAUCCGCGCCUGGAUGAUCGGGCAGAUUAUCUUCACAGUCUGCAUGCUCCUUACGUGGUUCACGACCAGCGUCGGCGGGGCAUACUUUGUCCUCGCGACUACGGGUAUCUCAUGGGCCCUUGCGGGUUGGGCACCGUAUGCGCUGUUGGGCGAGCUUGUGCUUGUUGACACCUCCAACGAGCCGCGCUCUCUUCGGAAUGAGCCAGACUCUGAGGUCCUAUUCACCGCGGACGCCCACCAUUCCCAUUCGUGCUCUCACUCGCGCAUGCUCUCCCACGAGACUUUAGACGACGACCACCCGCAUGCCCUCUCUCGCCUCGGCGUCCCGGCCACUGCCCCACAGCCCUCCGACUUUGACGAGGGCGACACGACCGUGAUCCUCCGUCACUCGAGCGAGAGUGAGCACUCGGCGCCGUCUCCCGGAAGCCCCGGCGCCGAGGCGAGCACUGCGGACAAGGCGGGCCUCAUCCUGGGCAUCCACAACGUGUUCAUCGUCCUCCCACAGUUCUUCAUCACGGCCAUCAGCGCCAUCAUCUUCCGCAUGAUGGACGCGGAUCCCGUCGCAGCAGACAAUGAUACUGUGGGAGGGGAUGGGUCCUCGUCGGACGCGGUGGGAGUCGUGUUCCGGAUCGGCGGCCUCAGUGCUGCCGCCGGCGCGUAUCUUUCGUACCGCCUGGCGCAGAGGUGGCGGCGCGGCGAGGCGUAG